AUGUCUCAAUUCUCUGAAUAUAAAGACCUGAUCCAGGCCGGAGACUUGGCUCUAGCUUGGAUCUCAAGAGAUAAUAUAAAACCUGUAAGAAUCACCCCAGGGGCCACUUUUAACACCAGAUAUGGGUCGUUUCCGCACGAUGACAUGAUUGGUAAACCAUUUGGGUCACAAAUUGCAGUAAGAACCCGUGGUUCCAACAAAUUUGGGUUCAUUCAUGUUCUGCAACCUACGCCGGAGUUGUGGACGCUAUCGCUGCCGCAUAGAACACAAAUCGUGUACACUCCAGAUUCUUCGUACAUCAUGCAGCGCUUGCAAUGCAGUCCGCACUCGAGAGUCAUAGAAGCUGGAACCGGAUCUGGUUCUUUCACACAUGCGUUUGCUCGCUCUGCAGGGUUCGUGUUUUCAUAUGAAUUUCACGAGGUCAGAUACGGACAGGCCAAACAGGAAUUCGAGGACCACGGUCUUCUGCGAGACGGGAAUUUGGCCAUAACGCAUCGCGAUGUGUGCCAAGACGGAUUUGCCAUUGGGAAAAAUGAUACAACCACAUUUUUCGAGAAUUUGCAAUCUGACGAUGGAGUUAGCCCUGCCAAGAUUGACGCUAAUGUGGUAUUUCUUGAUCUACCAGCUCCUUGGACCGCCAUCCCACAUCUGGAGGAGGUUAUCUCUCAAGAUUCGAAAGUGUCUGUAUGCUGCUUUUCUCCAUGUAUAGAGCAAGUGGACAAGACUGUGGAGAUGCUAGAAAAACACGGUUGGGUCGAUAUAGAAAUGGUGGAAAUUCAAGGAAAACAGUACGAGUCGCGCAGACAGAUGGUUCGCCACCUGGAUCAUGCUCUGCAGAGAUUGCGGGACGUGAGAGAGCGCAAACAAAUUGGUCUCGAAAGAAGGAAACGUAUGUUCAACAAAUUGAUCAGCGACCAAGAAGAACCAUACGAAGAAAGACCAGAAACGCCAAAAACGGAGUACAAUCCGUUUGGGAAAGGUUCUCGGGUCAAAGAAGGUGAUACGGGAUUCAAAUGGAAAGAAGUUUCGAAAGUGGAAUCUGAAAUAAAGUCGCACACUUCUUAUCUCACGUUCGCUUCAAAAAUCGUCGAAAAGACCCGCGACGAGACUCUCGUAACCAAAAUCACCGAUCAAGAACGAGAGAACGCCGCGAAAACCCCGAUACCGACGAAAGGCGAAAACAAGAAAGGCAAGCCGUGA